AAGCGCAGCAGCGCCGCCAGUUCGGUAGCGGCGCGCGGGAACAGCUCUGGCCGUGUGCUCGUCGUGUCGAAGCUGACCCGGCUCGAGUUUGAAAAGAUCCGCGAGGAGCAGCUGAGCGACGAGUGUCUGGAGCAGAGGAUCCGCGACCGGGGCACCGACUACGAUGCGCUCAAGUACUACCACCACCUGCACAAGGACGUCGAGCGGCAGGUGGUGCGAUCGUUCCAGCAGCACGGCAUCGAGGUGCAGGUGGUGAACCGGAUCACCAUCCACAAGGACGCGCUGCAGUGGGCCGACCUGAUCGUACCGAUCGGGGGCGACGGGACGUUCCUGCUGGCGGCCGGCCGGGCCAGCCCCUUCUUCCUGUCGAACGGGAAGAAAACGCCCGUCGUUGGGUUUAAUUCGGAUCCGCGCCGCUCGGAAGGCAGGCUCAUGCUGCCGAAGCAGUACUCGGUGCAGGUGGACGAAGCGGUCCGGCGGAUCAUUGCGCAGGACUUCCGGUGGAUGCAUCGGUCCCGCAUCCGCACGACGCUGGUCGGUGCGGCCACGACCGAGCGACCGUCGCCGAUGGAUCUGCACGAGUUCCAUUCGCAGCCGGUCGAGCACCAGGAGGUAAUGUCGACCGCACCGAACGGCAAGAGUCGCAUUCUGCCCUACCUGGCGCUGAAUGAGGUUUUCAUCGGGGAAAUGCUUUCGGCACGCGUGUCCCACCUGCACCUGCGCAUCGACAGCUCGGACGUUACGACGAAAACGAAGAGCUCCGGCCUGUGCGUCAGCACCGGCACCGGCUCGACCUCGUGGCUGACGAGCAUGAACCGGCUGUCGACGAACAACGUGAAGGAUUUGCUAGCGAUCGUGCGCAAACGGACGGGCCGGACGGGCAGCCCGCUCGACACGAUCGAUCCCGAGUCCGUGUCGCAGGAGUACAACGAUAAUCUAGUGUUCGCGCCCGACGACCCCCGGCUGUGCUACUCGAUCCGCGAGCAGAUCUGCGUGGGCGUGUGGCCGAACCCGAAGGGGCUCGAGUCGCGCGGCUUCGCCAAGGAGAUAUUCGUAAAAUCGCGCUGUGUCGAUGCGAGUCUCGUGAUAGAUGGUAGUAUUGCGUACAACUUCAACGAUGGUGCGCGUGCCUUGCUGGAAGUGUAUCCGGAAGAUUCGCUGCUCACGAUCGAUAUGGAUGACUGAUUGAUGGGAAGUUUGCCUUUGUUACUUGUUACUGGACUGGACUGUUUUUUAAAUUCUUUCGAAACUCCGCAUAUCGCACGAGUUCCCGAGCUCUUCCUGGCUGGGAUAAACAAAAAAAAACGCUUGAUUGUAUGAAACAACGGCCCCUUAACUGUGUAAGUUAUUGCAGUGAUGCACUACCGAACGGUGGUGCAGAUGGUGCAUUUAUUUAUCGACCCCCCCUUCUCCUUAACCCUGCCCCUACCACACGUACGCGCACGCGAGCACGAUAGCGUAUGCAAUUAUACUGUAAGUAGAAAGUGUAAUAAAUUUGGUAUCAUUUUUUAUACAUAUACA